GACUGCUAAAAGAUUCCAAGAAGAGGAGGAAGACGAGGAUGGCCGUGUCAUCGCAUGGAAACCGAGUGAAAUGGGAAGCGACGAGCAGCGCUGCAAGCUCACCUCCCACCUCUCGCUGUCCACCUCGCCCUCUUCCUCCUCCUCGGUUACUACGGCGGCCGUGGAGCCGCCCGUGGAGUUCCGGUGCCCCAUCUCGCGGUCGGUCAUGGCGGACCCCGUCGUCGUCGCCGCCACCGGGUGGACCUUCGAGCGGAGAUGCGUCGAGGCCUGCGCCGACCUCGGAGUCGCCCCACCUGACCUCUCCCUCGAUCGACCUUUUUCUUCAUCCUCAUCCUCUACCUCGCCGCUCGUCCUCAUCCCUAACAUCAUCCUCAAGUCCGCCAUCCACGACUGGUGCGACCGCCACGGCCUCCCCCGUCCUCUCCCCGUCCCUGCCGACGCCGCCUGCGCCUUUGUACGUAGCCUCAUGCCCUCCAGUUCCCGUCCCUCCACUUCCUCUGCUUCUCCUCCGCCCUCUGUUGGAGCAGAUGGACAAGACGAAACCCUGGAAGCGCCGGAACGUAAAGAUGAAGCCUUGCGAGAGAAGGCGUUCUCCUGCGGUGGAGACGAUGGAAAAGGUCGGUUCUUGCAGGCUUCGGCGUUGUCUGAUGGAACAAACAAAGAAGAAGAUGACAUAGUGCGAUCGAAAUCGAGCGGAUUAGAUUGCAAUUCCGAGGAAACGACGAGUCCUGGAGUUCGUCUUUCUUCGGUCUCGCAAACAGAGGACAAAUGCUUCUCCUUUUCGCUGCCCUCUACCUCAUCCCCAUCCUUGCACCAUACUUCUUCCUCUUCCUCUUCCGAGAUCGAGGUCUUACCUCCUCCGAACGUUGUGUCUCCUGCUUCCGAGAUCGAGACGGAUGCGUGGGAAGAGGAGAUGUUGACCAAGUGGAUGGAUUCCGAUGUCAAGGAGCAGGAAUUCGCAGCGGCCUCCCUCCGCCACGCCACCAGAGAGAGUCGCGACUGCCGGAUCAAGCUCUGCAGCCCGCACCUCCUGGCCUCCCUCCGCUCAAUUCUCCUCACCCGCUGCACCGCCGUCCAGAUCAACGCCGUCGCCGCUAUGGUCAACUUGUCCUUGGAGAAAGAGAACAAGGUCCGAAUUGUGCGUUGCGGCGCGGUGCUGCCGCUCGUGGAGGUGCUCAAAGGAGGCCACCCGGAAGCCCGCGAGCACGCCGCCGCCGCCCUCCACAGCCUCGCUCUCGACGGCGAGAACCGGGUGGCCAUCGGCUCCCUCGGCGCCAUCCCACCGCUGCUGAACCUGUUCACGAGCCCCUCCGCGGCCGGCCCCCGAGCCCGCCGCGACGCCGGGAAGGCGCUCUGUCACCUUUCCGUUGCCCGCCCUAACCAACCCAAGAUCGCGCGAACCGCCGGGGCCGUGAGGGCGCUGCUCGCCGUGGCGGAGGCGGAGGCGGUUGUCUCGGACGCUUCGUCGCAGUAUCAGGGGCCGGUGCUGGCGAGGCUGGCGAUGAUGGUGAUCAGCAAUCUGGCGGCGUGCGGGGAGGGACAGAGCGCGCUGAUGGACGCCGGGGCGGUGCCAGCGGUGGCGGCGCUGAUGAGGGGCGCUGCAGGAGCGACAGUGGAGGAGCACUGCGUGGCGACGCUGUACGGGAUGAGCCGGGACCGAUUGAGGUUUCCGAGGCUGGCGAGGGCAGCCGGGGCUGAUAAGGUGCUGAUGAGGGUGGUGGAGCGGGACAGCGGUGACAUCCGACGGGAGAUGGCGAAGAAGACACUGCGGGCGAUUAAGCGGGGGGAGGAGGACGAGGCGCCGCUGCUGCCGGGCUACCCGGCGGAGGACGACGGUGACGUGGUAUCGGAUGGGCUGAUGUCGUUUCGGCGCCGUAACAAGGUAGUUGGCAACGGAACUUCCCCGUUCUAAAUGUCCGAUAUAUUCUAUUCCGUUUUGUCGUUACAUAUAUAAACAUAUCAACCCGCGGUUGAUAUAUUAGGGUGAGUUUAGCAGGUUUUUAGUUUUUAUGCUGUAAUAUGUGGAAGUGUUAUGUCUUCUUUUUCUUCUUUUUUACUCUUUUUUUUUCUUUUAUAUAUUGGUUAUUUUCAA